AAGACAUCAUGGAUCUGGCCCCAGAAGAGCUUCAAUUCUUGUCCAUACCCUACAUCCUCAGUGAACCAAUUUCUAUCCCUCAAAGAUCCCCUAAAGCCUUCAAUCUCAUAACCGUAGCUCUCAUUUUUCCUCUAUCUUUUGCCAUUUUAGCUCACUCGCUUUUCACCCACCCAAUCUUAAAUCAACUUGAAUCCCACCCAUUAGCUGACCCUGCCCAAACGCAUCACGAGUGGACACUCCUUUUGACCUUCCAGUUCUUUUACCUCAUCUUCCUCUUUGCCUUCUCUCUUUUAUCCACAGCUGCCGUUGUUUUCACAGUGGCGUCCCUUUACACGUCAAAGCCUGUCUCUUUCUCUUUGACGAUCUCAGCCAUACCCAAGGUUUUUAAGCGCCUUUUUACAACCUUCGCAUGGAUUGCUCUCUUGAUGUUCGUUUACGAUGCCUCGUUGAUUGCCUUCUUGUUCAUGUUCUUCAUUGCCGUUGAUACCCAGAACAUUGUUUUAUCCUUCUUGGCAUUCAUGGUAAUUUUAGUGCUCUUCUUGGGUGUUCAUGUUUACACCACGGCGCUAUGGCAUUUGGCCAGUGUGGUAUCGGUGCUUGAACCCAUUUACGGGCUUGUAGCAAUGAAGAAGAGUUACGAGUUGUUGAAAGGGAGGAUUAAUAUGGCUUUCAUUUUGGUUUUGGGGUAUUUGGCAAUUUGUGGUGUGAUUGGGGGCAUCUUUGGAUCCUUGGUGGUGCAUGGAGGGGAAAGUUAUGGGGUUUUUUGGAGAACUGUGGUGGGGGGAUUUUUGGUAGGAGUUUUGGUAAUAGUGAAUCUUGUUGGCUUGUUGGUGCAGAGCUUGUUUUACUAUGUUUGUAAGAGUUAUCAUCAUCAGGGAAUCGAUAAGAGUGCUUUGCAGGAUCAUUUGGGUGGGUAUCUCGGAGAGUAUGUGCCUCUCGGGUGUAGCAUUCAAAUGGAAAACUUCGAUGCUUGAUUUGUCAAGUCAGAUUUAGUGUAUUCUAUGAAUUGAUGU